UUCACAUAGGACUUGCUCAGUAUGCAGCUAGGAUAUUGAAACUAGUCAUGCACUCGGACUUCAAAAAGUGAAAACUUGUCUCUAGAAGGUAUUGAUUUGUCACAAGGGGCCAGUGCAGUGAAAAAGCGGACUGGAGUACAAAGGACCUCACGAUAGUAUAAAAAGACCCCCGCAAAUUGCAGGUCAGUUUGCUCAGUGAACCGAACCCACCGUACUUGUCUCCGUUUGAAACAAACCGUGAGAAGAGGUACUGUGGCCUGUGAAACUACGCUAAACUUGUAAAAAUAGCUUCCUCGUGGUGGAAUACCGUUAGCUUGUGGAUACCAGUGAUAGAAAUGGCUUCGAUCCUGCCAGCAGCCCUCGGUGGAGGUGAUAGUGACCGUGUCUUGAAAUCGAUGGAUGCCAACCGGUAUGCCACCAAGAAGACGAUUGCCCAGGGCAUGCUGGACAUCGCUCUGCUGACGGCCAACGCCUCCCAGCUGAAGUAUAUCCUGCAAGUAGGCGAGAAGCACGAGUUCUACACCUUGAUGCUCACUCUGAUCAGUAUCUCCAUCAUCCUGCAGGUUUCGGCCGCACUGCUGGCCGUCAUACUAACACUGGUUAACUUUCACAAAGGCGAACUGCAGCAGCGGGUAGCUAACAUUUUAAAUCACUUUUCGCUGGGAUUCGUGGUGAUAGCAUUGUUCUGCGAUAUAAUCAAAAUGAACUUCGGUCUAGAUCCGGCCGUUCCAUAUAUUCACAACUAAGUAAAAAAGAUACACACUUUCUCGUUAUAAAACGUAGAUCGCCCAAGGUGUAGCCUGUAUCGUGCUCGCCAAUUUCGACAUCAAUAAAGAGGUCAACCACAAAAUAGCGAACCUGGUCCAGAACGUCUCGCUCGGAUUUAACCUGUCCACGGUUGUGGUCAACAUAAUGAUCAACGCACUAGAGGUGAAACAAAUGAAUGAUCAGGGCUCCGGAUUGAGCAUCAAGGAGGAGUAACAGGUUUCAGAGUGCCGAUGCUGUGAUGGCGGUGUUCGUACUGUCUUUUUUUUUUGUGAAUUGUAAACUAAUGAUCUCAAGUUUUAAUUAUUGAGUGCUAGAAGCCAAAUACGAAAAACCCGAAUGUUAUAAUUUAAGUAAGAAUUGAAACUCAACUUUUGGUGUGAAAUAUCUCUUUAACGAAUGGUGCAAGAUACAGAAUAAA